AAACACGUAUAGCAGUUUACGCAAACAUUUAUAAGCUGAACUCCAAAGAACACACACACACGCACAGCCAUAAAGGUAGAGCAGAGAGUUGAGAAUAAGAAGUUGAGAUACAGGAUGAAUCUCAUCAUCAACCAUUCCAUCUUCCUCAAGCUUUUCAUCAUCAUACAAUGCCUCUCCCUCCCUCUCCUCUGCCCUGCUCAACAUUUUGAUUUCUUCUACUUCGUCCAGCAGUGGCCAGGAUCGUACUGUGACACAAACCAUGGUUGCUGUUAUCCAGAGACGGGGAAGCCAGAAGCAAAUUUUAGCAUUCAUGGGCUUUGGCCCAAUUUCAACAACGGCUCCUAUCCCCAAAAUUGCAAUCGCAACAGCCCUUUUACUCCCUCUACGCUCACAGACUUGACAACAAGAAUGCAAAAGAGUUGGCCAACACUGGCAUGUCCAAGAAGCAAUGGCACCAAGUUCUGGACCCAUGAGUGGACCAAACAUGGCACUUGCUCUGAGUCUGUCCUUGAUCAGUAUUCUUACUUCAAAGCAGCUCUUGACCUCAAACACAAAAUAGAUCUCCUUCGAAUCCUUCUAAAAGCUGGAAUUAGACCGAAUGGGAGAUUUUACAGGUUAAGAAGGAUAAUAGAAGCAAUAAAGAGGGCAACAGGGUAUGCUAGUGCGAUAGAGUGCAAUGUCGAUCGUUCUCGUAACAAUCAGCUCUUUCAAAUUUACCUUUGUGUUGACACUUCUGGUUCAAACAUCAUUGAAUGUCCAGUGCUGCCCAAGAGGAAAUGUCCUUCUAAAAUAGAAUUCCCUUCUUUCUAGUAAUACUUGAAGCUACAAACAUGUAUGGCAUGGGUUGAUUCGCCUUAAAUUCCUACCUCUUCUUUUUUCUUUUGAUAUCACCAGGUGUCCUGGACUAUCUUGUUUUAAUACCAAUGGGCUUAAUUACUCUCUUAAUUUUCUAGUGUAUCACCUUUUGUAAGUGUUGAUCAAUCUAUGUCACAUUAUCGAUC